AGACAGCUUGUACAUACCCAACUCCUUCUUUCGCCAACAACAGUACUAGUAGUGACCCAGUCAUGCCUAAACACUAUUGUGACUACUGUGAUGUUUUUCUCACUCACGACUCUGCUUCAGUGCGCAAAGCUCAUAACAGCGGAAGAAAUCACCUAGCAAACGUCCGAGACUACUAUGCAUCGCUUGGCCAUGACAAAGCACAGAGUAUCAUCGAUCAGAUCACUGCAGCGUACGAGAGCGGAGGCGGCCCUCCUCCUGGAGGGUUUGGGUUUGGCCCUCAUCACCUAGGCGCACCCCCACCACCGUUUCCAGGACCUCCCAUGGGCUUCGGUGGUCCUCCCGGAGCAUUUCCGCCUCGUCCGCCUUUCCCCCCAGGACCCUUCCCGCCCCCGGGCAUGAUGGGACCACCUGGUACCAUACCACCUUUCCCUCCUAGUGAUGGUAUGCCCCCUCCCGCAGCAAUGGGUCCUCCUGGCGGUUUCCCAGGCGGUCCUCCAUUCCCUCCAAAUGGCCCUAAUGGUGGCGGGCCUGGUGGCAGUAUGCCACCCUUCCCGCCACAUGGUAACUUUGGGCCACCGGGCGGUAGCCCACCCCCACCAAAUCAAAAUGAUCCCAAUGCGGGACCAGGCGGUAUGCAUCCUGACAGACUGAGAAUGAUGGCUGGCAGGUAAUCGCCGUCUAUUGGGCAUCAAUUCUGCGGUGGGUUGUGUGUUUCCUAGUAUAUCUCUACAAGGUAAAAUAUAACUCUCCUUCCUUCCUCCGUGUCUUAUCAAAUGUCUUCAUUUUUUGGUUGUGUCGGUUUACUCGUUGUAUACCUUGAUUAACAUAAUCAUGGAACAGAAGGUUUUGUGACACAAUUUUGAGACCACAUGUAUCUUACCCGUGUGCCUACCUUCUGGUGAACAAAGCAAGAACAACUGGGGGUUCCCCAGCUCGUUCAGUAGCAGCUUACUACAGAGUUGGUCUGUCUAGCUACAACUCAGGUCCUGCUCUACUGUGUC